AUGCUGUCAUGCGCAAAGGGUUUCUUGCCCCAAAGGCACUCAAGGACCAGCAUAAAAGCAGUCCCUGCGCGUAGCACCCUCACACACUCCUCCCGACGCCUAACACCCUCUCUUCCAGGCACCCUCCACAACACAGACAUGUCCUGCUACGACAUCUGCAACCCCUGCGGACCCACCCCUCUGGCUAACAGCUGCAACGAGCCCUGUGUCAGGCAGUGCGAGGACUCCCGCGUCGUCAUCCAGCCUCCUGCCGUGCUGGUCACCCUGCCAGGACCCAUCCUCAGCUCCUUCCCCCAGAACACCGCCGUUGGAUCCUCCGCAUCAGCUGCCGUGGGCAGCAACCUCAGCGCCCAGGGAGUGCCCAUCUCUGGAGGCGGCUUCGGAGGCUUUGGCCUGGGAGGCUUUGGCUUCGGAGGCCUGGGCUGCAUCUCUGGCGGAAGAGCCUGCUACCCCUGCUAA